AUGGCGACAUGAACCUCAACAUCAUCAGCAGCAACAACAAACCUAAUGCUAGCAAUCCACGAGAAGAAGACCAACACAGUAGACUUAUACCGUCCUCUGCGCAACUACAUCGUCUUCAACUACUCAGAGCGCCAGGCUCAGGACCUCGACGACGAUCUCGAAACCGUCAAACAGCUUCGUUCCGACAUCGAAAAGCCCUCCGAUUCUGCCCCAGCAAGACGAGAUCUCCUUCUCAGGUACUUGAAGUGCCUCUCUCUAAUGGAGACCCGAUUCCCCAUUUCCCUCCAAUUCACUUGGUUCGAUGCGUUUAAGCCGAGGAAUAAGUCGUCCCAGAUCAAUCUCCACCUCGAGAAGGCCGCUGUGUUGUUCAAUUGGCGCGGGACGGUUGAGGGGCGGAAGCAGGCUGUGCAUAGUUUCGGGCUCGCUGCCGGGGUGUUUGCGUAUUUGAGGGAUUCCGUGGCGGUGAAGGCCGCUGCUGGGGGUGCUGCUACGGUUGAUAUUGGGGUUGAGUGUGCUGGGAUGCUUGAGAGGUUGAUGUUGGCUCAGGCUCAGGAGUGUGUUUUUGAGACUAGUAUUGCGAAAGGGAGUAGUCCCGUUGUUUGCUCUAAGAUCUCUCGUCAGGUUGGAAUAUACUAUGAGGAAGCUUUAGCCUUAGGUGCACUGAAUGUUCCUCCUCUUAGUCAACAUUUUGACAGGACUUGGAUAGCUCAUUUGCAGCUCAAGGCAUCUCUUUUUUUUGCUGAGGCUUGUUAUCGAUACAGUUUAGAGCUCCAUGCAAAAGAGGAGAUAGCCGAAGAAAUUGCAAGGCUAAAGUCUGGGAUUGCUUCUCUAUCUGAUGUGAAGAGAUCGUCAAAAGGUGCUCCUGCUCAGCUCCUAGAUGCUGUUACUAAGCUAGAGGCAAGUCUAAAUUACAAUUUGGAGAGGGCGAUGAAGGAGAAUGAUAGAGUCUACCUGCAAAGGGUUCCGCCGGCCACCUCAUUGGCUCCUUUAUCUGCAUUCUCCAUGGUAAAACCCAUUCCUCUCGAUGAAAUUUUGGAUGCAAGCAAAGAGAAGAUGUUUUUAACACUUGUGCCAGACAGUAGUACAAAAGCUCUUUCCAAGUACACAGAGAUGGUUGAUGAUGUUAUCAGAACACAAGCUGAGAAACUCCAACAGGGAAGUGAGCUGGCUAGAGUGAGGCUUAAAGAAAUGGACUUACCUGAUUCUCUUCUUGCUUUAGAAGGAAAUGUGACCCUUCCAGAUAAUCUAAGAGAAGAUGUAGAAGCAGUGCAGAUUAGUGGUGGCCCAGCUGCACUUGAAGCUGAGUUAACACAACUUCGAGAUCUGAAGAGGGUCAAUCAUGAAUUAUUAGUCCAGACAGAGGAACUUCUGCAGAAAGAAUCUCAAGAAGAUUCUCAAUUUAGAAGCCAAUUUGGCACACGAUGGACUAGGCCGCAAUCCAGCACACUUACAAAGAACUUACUCGAUAGGCUGAACAGAUUUGCUGCAAACUUGAAGCAAGCUGGUGAAAGUGAUGCUAGAAUUGAGCGUUCUGUUAGAGAUCAUUCUGCCCUCAUGUCCAUUCUUGAUCGCCAUCCUAUUGAGGCUGCACUUCCAACGCUUGCAAAGCCAAUUAUGUCUUUGGAUGCAAAUGAGGAUGCGAUAGCUGGAGCUUUGAAGCAAAGUCUGAGGCAACUGGAGACUCUUGGAGCUGAGCGGGCAGGCCUUGAGGACAUGCUUAAAGAAAUGAAAAGAAAGGAUGACAUACUGCCAAAACUAAUGACCUGUACUGGAUCUUAUGAGGAUCUUUUCAAGAAGGAAAUAGCGAAAUAUGAUCACAUUUGUGAAGAGAUUUCUCAGAAUAUCCAUGCACAACAACAGCUAUUGAUGCAAAUCCAGGUGCAACCAUACUACUUUGUCCGUUAAUAUCUUUAGUUAUAUAUAAUGUCAGGUCAAAAAAGAUUAUAUUAUGAAAGUAUGCAAUAAGAUCACUACUUUGACCAUCUUUAGUUAUAUUGAUUGAUCCUGUGUGUAUAAUGCAUAAUCUAUUGUAAUUGGCACAAAAGGGGAUAGACAUGUUUUGAAGUGUUUGUGAAAAUGACAAGAUUUAAUGGGUGAGAACUGAGAAGAGCCAAUUUUUGGCUAGGAUCGAGGAGGCCACCUUGACUUAAGAGUUAGGUCCAAGUGACCAAGUCUCAAGGAUGGAGAGGAUAGAGCAUGGUGUCAAAUAUCGGCCGUUACGUAACGAUGCGGCCGUUACGUAACGGAAAUCCAAGCUGCCGUUACGAGUUUUGCCGUUACGUAACGGGGUUUUCAAAAACACCGUUAUUUCAUCCGAUACGAGCGAUACGAUCCCGUUACGACCGAUUUUCCCGUUACGAAGCUAGAUGUACGACUACUUUUUCAGAAAAACCAGAAAUUGAUUCUUAUUGUCCCCUAAACUAAAUCAAUUUCGCAUAUUUAUUGUUCUAUUUCAACUAACAUGUUACAAAUUAUAUAGUUUGUUCAUUAUAUAUUUUAGAUUUCAAUUUUUUUGUGCAAAUUGGUAGUAAUAAACUAAUAAUUGCUAUAGAUUGGGAGACUUAGAAAUUACUUGAUUUAAUAUAUAUUUUUUUAGUAAUUUUAAUGUGUAAAAAAGCCAUAAAGUAACUUUUUAAGAAAAACUGCCGCGACAACCGUUACAAGACCCGCGAUAACCGCAUCAUUUCCGUUCCCGCGACAUCGCGACCGUUCCCACGAUCGCGACCGAUACCGCAUUUUCGAACCAUGGGAUAGAGUGUAUAUCUUGGGAUUUUUCUGUUUUCCCUUAGGAGAGGUUUGGCUUGCAUGAUGUAUAUGGUGUUUGGCUAUGUAUUUUCUAAAAGCAUAUCCACCUUUUUCACUGAGUUAUCAACAUUAUGUUGUUCAAAGGUAUUCCUUAAAGAUUAUGUCUUGUGUGUUAGUUUGUAAAAGGGGCCAAAAUUGCAGAAAAUACUUGUCAAAGUUUAAGUUCUCCUUUUUCCCUUGGUUAUCACCAGUGUGAGUACCAAAAUUGCUUCUUGGAAGUCUUGAAAAUGAACUGACAGCUCGCCAUUCUCUUGUGUAGCCUCAAUAGUAUGCAUGUACACAUAUAUGUGUUCCUUUUUUAGGAUCCCCUAAAAGGUACUUUUAUUGGGAAGUGUUGUUUGGGAGUUGGGUAUCAACCACUUUGUGAGUUGAGCUUUGCCUUGCUUGUUGGUUACAUUGAUUAAAGGGGUGUUUGGUUUACAUAUUUUUGAAAUCAGGAUAUUAAGUCUGGUUUUGGAAUUAACCAGACCUGAACUUGAUUUUUAAUUUAGACUUUUUGAAAAAAAAUAAUAUAAAAAACGAUACCUAUGAGUCUAUGACCAAUUAUUUCAAUCGCCAAGGUUAUGGGUUCUCAUAUAGUCAUACACUAAGGGAGAGGUCGGUUUUAAACUCAUAUAUUUGUUAAAAAAAAAAAAAAAUCUUUUUAGAAAAAUUAAAACUUCAUUUUACAGUCAUAUCCAGGCAGCUAGUCAUAAGUGAUAGCUACAACCACCAAGAUAGAAUUACUUUCUAAAUUCCAUGAUUGCUGCUAUCACCACUACAUUACGUCGUAACUAGUUAACAACCACCAUCCUUAAAUUUGCCAUUAAUGUCAACCAUAAUAUACAACAAUUACCAAACAUUUUUACCAACAACAUAAAUCUGAAAUUGCAAACAAGAAGAAUCAAUCAAACAUUUUCUGAAUUAAUUUGACUAACUUGUUAAUACACAUAAUUUAACACCAAAGAAAAGGCACAUAAUGCACAUGAGCACAUCACAUAAAUAAAGGAAAAGGGGAAGAAACAGAGAAGAAGAGAUAAAACAGAGUGGAAGAAAAAAUUACAGCAUCAGGUACAAAGGGGGAAAAAAAUAGGUAGAAAAGAAGAAAUAAAAGGAAAAAUACAAAGAAAGAAAGAAGGAAGUACAUGAAGAUGCACUGACGGCGGCAAGUCGGUGAGUGAACUGAGGGCGGUGAAGAGGCAAGGGAGACGUUAGAGAUGAAGAUGCAAGGGCUGAUGAAGUGAUGAAGAUGUCGAGUGUACCGAUGAAGUUGGAGAAAUAUAAUUUCUCUCUUCUUUUUAAUAAAAGUACUACAUACAAUUAAUUAAAGGUUCAAAAAGAGCCGUUUGAAAAACAAAUAGUGGAUGGCUGUAAAACACUAUUAAAAAGCUCUUUUUUUCUUUUUUACUGGCCUGAGAAAGGUUACGGAUGAUAUGAAGUCUAAAAAUCGUUCUGACCGUAGUGGUGUUGUUCCCACUGUGGAAAAGGAGCCACGUGCUAAAUCGGCUGCAUUUUCCAAAACAGGGCCUCCAAAGCUGGAGCUUCAGAUGGGUCGUAAGUGAGUAUUCCCCUUUAUGAUAUCUAUUCUCUUUCUUUAACGGUUGUCACUGAUUCUUUUAUAUACUCUUUUAUUUGGUAGAUGGGUUGUCGAAAAUCACAUUGGAAAGAAGGAUUUGGUUAUUGAUGACUGUGACUAAAAGGCCAUAGUCCCUCUAAGAAGCUAGCUGCGAAGGACUACCUCCGCAUAGCUAGUUAGCAGGCUGAGGUCUCGUUCGUUAACGGAAUUAACCAGACAAAUCGCUCCACCAACUAAGAACGGCCAUGCACCACCACCCAUAGAAUCAAGAAAGAGCUCUCAGUCUGUCAAUCCUUACUAUGUCUGGACCUGGUAAGUUUCCCCGUGUUGAGUCAAAUUAAGCCGCAGGCUCCACUCCUGGUGGUGCCCUUCCGUCAAUUCCUUUAAGUUUCAGCCUUGCGACCAUACUCCCCCCGGAACCCAAAAACUUUGAUUUCUCAUAAGGUGCCGGCGGCGUCCUAAAA